CUUACGUCAUUAACACGCGCCAAGUUCUUUUCCGAGCUUCCAGAAAUUGUUUUGAAACUCAGUUAAAAAUGCCUCCAAAGAAUAAGCAAAAGAAAGUUAUCAAUCAAGAAGAACUACGUCGAUUAAUGAAAGAGAAACAACGGCAAACGACAGAUAAGAAAAAGCGUGUCGAGUCCCCUUACGCUAAGUACAACAGUCUCGAUCAUCUUAGCUGCGUACUAUGCAACGAGAGGGUAAAGAAUGAGAUAUUGUGGCAGACUCACAUUCUUGGAAAACAGCACAAAGAGAAAGUUGCAGAGAUCAAGGGUUCUAAACAAAAUUCCACAAGUCAAGGACCCCAGCAAUCGCUGAAAAGGAAAGUACUGGAUUCUGAAGACACUCCUAGGAAGACUUCUAAACCACUGGCAAGUACAGAGCAGGCAUCUUCGUCGGGGCUGCCAGAUGAUUUCUUUGCGAAACCUGCCCCGCCUGGGCCAAAGAAACUAACUGGAAUUUUGAAAAAAAACACAUCUGCAGGACUGAGUCUUCUGGCGGGAGUCUAUGAUGAAGACGACGAUGAUGAUGAAGACAAGGCUGGUGUUUCUGCUGACCAAGUGGAAGCAUCUAGCUCAGGUCUGCAGAAAGGGUUACCUGCCCCAGGUCUCCCAGCAGAUUUCUUUGACAACAGCACCAUUCCAGCUGUCCCAGCUGCCUCUCAUUCUGGGUCUAUCCUCAAACCAGAUGAAACUGAGAAGAGCGUAGAGAAGAGGGAAAAUACACCUGAAGCACUGCCAGAGGGAUUCUUCGAUGACCCAGUGAGAGAUGCCAAAGUGCGCAAUGUUGAUGCGCCCAAAGAUCAAAUGGAUAAAGAGUGGGAAGAGUUCCAAAAGGAAAUGCGGCAGGUGAACACUAAAUCUGAGGCUAUUGUCGCAGAGGAUGAUGAGGAUGGUCGUCUUGAGCGGCAGAUUGAUGAAAUUGAUGAGCAAAUUGAAUGUUACCGGAGGGUUGAGAUACUGAGAGAUAAGCAAGAUGUGGUAAAGAAGGUUGUAAAGGAGAAGACCAAGCAUCAGGAAGAGUCCACAGGAAGCGAUGAGGAGGAUGAAGAAGAGCUGCUUCACUUGUUGUCAAGGGACUGGAGAGCUAAAGGGGCCCUUGCUUAAAAUCCCAGGGCCCCUGGCCCCUUUGACCAACUGGGUCUAACUGUUUCUCCAUAUUGUAAAUAAGAGAAAUUACACUGAGUCAGCCUUAUCCCCUCUUUCAUGUCAAUGAAAAACUUUUGUUGAGGAUAUUUAGUGUCUUGUGGUUAGUGUUGUUAUGGAGUCUUCAGUCUUGUGGUAAAUGCUGUUUUUCUACUAUCACAUGCAGAGAACAUCUGUGUGUGUGAGAAUUAAUGUAAUAAGUAGCACUCAUCAAAUAAAUAUGAGAGAAAAAUACUAAUUUCCCUCUUUCCGAAUACACACAA